AUGGCGCUGCCUCUGUGGCUUCUCCUGGGCCCGGCCUGCCUCUCUCUCUUCCUCCUCGGUGACUCCGUACUUGCCCUGCCCAAGGGAACCGCCGAGCCAGAGAUGGCUCCAGGUGCUUCCUUCCACUUCCUGCGUUUCUUCUACACGGGGGUGACGGAGUCCAGCCCGGGGGUGCCACAUUUCGUGAUUGUGGGCUACGUGGACGACCAGCUCUUUUUUCAAUAUGAUGCCCAAACUAGGAAGGCUGUGCCUCGAGUCCCUUGGAUGGAGAAGGUGGGGGAGGCAGAUCCUCAGUACUGGGUUGAGCAAACCCAGGUAGCGCAGAACGCAGAAGUUGGAUUCAGAGUGGAUUUGGCAAAUCUGCGGGAGCGUUACAACCAGACCGGAGGAUUUCACACCUGGCAGUGGAUGUACGGCUGUGAGCUGAGGAAAGACAGGAGCAAAGGAGGGUAUUACCAGUAUGCCUAUGAUGGGAGGGGCUCCCUCAGUUUUGACAAAAAGACCCUCACCUGGACAGCAGCCGAUGUCCCGGCUCAGAUCACCAAGAGGAGGUGGGAGAGGGAGAAAAUUCAAGCCCAGCGCUUCAAUCACUACCUGGAGGGGGAAUGUAUUGACUGGCUGCAGAAUUACCUGGACUACGGGAAGCAGACCCUGCUGAGGACAGAGCGCCCUGUGGGGAGGGUGAGUCGCACGACAGCCAGCGAUGGCCAGGAGGCCCUCAUCUGCCAGGCCCACGGCUUCCACCCCAGAGAGAUUGAUGCCACCUGGAGAAAGGGGGAGGAGAACAUGGACCAUGAGACCCUCCGUAGGAACAUUGCUCCCAACUCCGAUGGGACCUACCACACCUGGCUCAGCAUCGAGAUUGAUCCCAAAGAGAUGGACCUCCUCCGGUGCCAUCUGGAACAUGCCAGCCUGUCCACGCCUAUGGUCCUGGCGUAUGAAGAGCCUGGCGUCAACAUUUGAGUUAUUGUGGGAGCC